CAGGGCGACGCUUGAUGGAGUUGGACUAGCUGCGCCUUGCCAUGUAUCCACGGACCCCACCGACCUAUGUGAUUGUACCGAGAUAGAGCGUUUCCCCCACCCCCUUUGCUAUAAUGGGCCUUAUUUUUGCUAAGCUUUGGAACUUCUUCUGCAACCAAGAGCACAAAGUUAUCAUUGUGGGACUUGACAAUGCAGGAAAAACCACUAUACUUUAUCAGUUUUUAAUGAAUGAAGUAGUUCAUACAUCUCCAACAAUAGGAAGCAAUGUGGAAGAAAUAGUUGUUAAGAAUACUCAUUUUCUAAUGUGGGAUAUCGGGGGACAAGAGUCGCUGCGAUCGUCAUGGAACACUUAUUACUCAAACACAGAGUUUAUAAUCCUGGUUGUCGACAGCACAGACCGAGAGAGGCUGUCAAUCACAAAAGAAGAACUCUACAGAAUGUUGGCUCAUGAGGACUUGCGGAAGGCAGCGGUUCUUAUCUACGCAAACAAGCAGGACAUGAAAGGGUGCAUGACAGCAGCAGAUAUUUCUAAAUACCUCACCCUUUGUUCUAUAAAGGAUCAUCCAUGGCAUAUCCAGUCCUGCUGUGCCCUUACAGGAGAGGGACUGUGCCAAGGCCUAGAGUGGAUGACUUGCCGAACUGGAGUGAGAUAAAUUCUUCCACACAAAAAACUUCUAUUUAUUCAGUGAACUUGAAGAGUUUAUAAUCCUUUUGUGUACACUAAGGCAUCACCAUGCUUAAUUUAUAACAAAAACAAACCUCUCUCUCUGAGCCACACUUGAAUCAAGUGCAGCUAUACUGAAAAGAACUAUUUUCAAAUGCACCACAGAAGACCUCAUUGAAGAACAAGUUUUAUGGAUUUAUCAAUUGCAUACUUACAAUUGGAGCAUCUGAGCAAUCCCCAUACACUGUUGAUAUUUUUAGAGCAGUUUUUUUCAAUCCUAGGUCAAUAUUUUAAAUUUAUUUUUAGGAAUGUCUUUGUUGUCUGUCACAUAGGGCAAUAGAGAGAGGGUACAAGGGUACUGUU